AUGGGUCUGCUUGUUGUGCUGCUUUGCUGUAGCCUGGUCUCCGGAGUCUUUGCAUCUCAUCUACAAGGUGGGAUCAUGACUUUCACACCCAAGGGAAGAAAUCCAGAUGGGACAAUCAGGGUAGACUUUCGUUACAAAGAGUCAUUCAGAAAUGGAUGUCAUCGGGAGUUUUAUUGGAACUGCCUUCAGGGAAACUGUGGUUCUAUUGAACACUUUGAAUACGGGACAAUUGAUAAUGACCCUUUAGGAGACAGCUGGUGUCAGGCAGAGGGCUACAUGUCAAGAAGCAUAUCGAGUGAUAAACCUUUUGACUUGCAGGACACAAGCUGCUGUUGGAUCUACAACUCAAAUUCUGCUUCCUCGUGGCUGCUGUUGACUCAUGUAGAUCUGGGCACAAGAUCAGAUAUUGGAUUCCCCAACAGAUCCCCAGUAACGACAAUCCUUCCAAUAAUCAGGGUGCCCAGAAACUGUCCAUCAACAUACACAUUAAUGGCACAUGACCCAGAUGGGGAUCGUGUAAGAUGCCGAUAUGGAGUUGCAAGCUACUCUGAGUGUUACAGCUGCUACAGACCUCCAAAUUUCCAUCUAGAUGAGUCAGUUGACCCUGCUGUGCCCUCCUGUAAUUUUGGGGAAUACAGACCACAGUUUCUAAAUCCAUCUCCUCCCCAUGGCAUCUAUGUAAAUGCAUCAGUUGGACAUGAAUUCCAAAUCCCUCUCAGAGCAGCAGCAACAAGGGACAGAAUAUAUGAUAUCAAGAUGAGUGGACCCCUUAACAUAACAAAAACAUUAAAAAACUACGAUAGCAACACUGGAGUCAUCGAUGUAAUGAUCACGUGGACCCCAACUGAAAAUGACUUUGGCGAACACAUUCCCAUAUGUUUCAUUGCAGAAACAGCAAGUGGGUACCAGUCUGAAAUGAGAUGCAUUAUUGUAGUUGUUGUUAAUGAAAUAGGUGAAGCUGAUAUCGAAUGCACUGACACAACAAUGACUCUGUACAUUUCCAAGUCUUUGGUCAGAGGACUUCAUGAAAAUCAUUUACGUUUAAAUGAUCCAACGUGUUCAGUGACAUCUAAUGGCUCUCAUAUUAUUGCAAGUGUGUCUCUGAACUCCUGUGGAACAAAACUGGAGGAAACUGAAAAUGAUCUCAUUUUUGGAAAUAAAAUUACAUCAUUUGAUCAUCCUCAUGACGUCAUAAUUAGAAAGCAUCAGAUCGAGAUACCGUUUAUUUGCAAAUUCCCCAAAAAGAGUCGACUCUCAGCCUCCUUCAAAGCACACAAGAGUGCUUACCUGUUCACAGAAGCCGGUUUUGGCAGUUUCACCUAUUUGUUUGAGUUCUAUGACAGCAGUGCUUUCAGCAGAAUGAUCAACCCAAACAGUUAUCCCAUAGAGGUGCAGCUACAGGACAUGAUAUACAUGGACAUCCAAGUACAGACAUCCCUUUCAACCACACAGCUGUUUGUGGAGUCCUGCAGAGCAACGCCAAAUGAUAACCCCAGUGAUCCCAUCUACUAUGAUAUCAUUAGCAAUGGGUGCAUUGAAGAUGAAACCACCGUUGUCUAUUUAAACAACCAGACAGAUUUCAGAUUUGGAUUGGAGGCCUUUAAUUUCAUUGGGAACUAUGAACAGGUGUACAUCAGCUGCACAGUCAUCCUGUGUGUAGCAGGGGAUCCCAGCAAUAGGUGUGCUCAGGGCUGCACCAAUGGUACCUCUAUUGGACAUCACCAUCGCAAGAGAUCACUGGCUUCACAGAGCCAGAGACACUUCAUAUCCCAGGGGCCUCUACGUUUUGCAAGGAGCUCUUCAGGCAGCCCAGGCUCCAAUCGGAAUUUGAACUUGAACAUCCUGGUUGUCGCUGUUGCUUUCAUUGCUGCCGUUUCCCUGGUUUGUGGAGUUCUGAUCUACAAAGCGAAAAUGACCAACAUUGUCAAAUAUGAAACCGUUCCUUCUGCUGACUUCUAAAAUCAGAAAGAAAGA